GUUGGAAAUAGAGCCAUUAUAAGGUAUUACCGCCUGACUUAGACCUCUGGAGAGCCGCUAUAGACGACAAAAACGACGACGACCUUCCUGUUCACUGCGAUAAGCGAAGACUGUUCAACACAGCAAGAGUUCAUACGAGACCAGGGCCCCAUCAUUUCGUGUGAGAUCCGCAACAGCUCGGCAGAUUAUGGAAACGGUUCCUUGGAACAGAUAUUAGACUGGAUAUUGAAGUGUAAAGCAGCCAAAGCUAACGAUUGGGAAAUAUAGAGAUCAAAGAAGACUACUCCGAUAGUAUUGACAGAGAUGGCCAAGGCCCCUAGAAAGAAUACAGUGGCUGUGAAGGGCACGCGUGCUUCAAAGGCACCAGGCAAGACAAUCCUACCGCCGAGUAUGCGUGCCAAACAGAAACAGAGGUUUAGCCUCGUUGAUUCGAGCGAUUCCAGUGACUUGAGCGAAUUUGAGUCGGAAGAUGAGCCAGCAACUACCGGUGGGCAAUUCCACGCUGUUGAGAGUGACAGUGACGAUGAAGAGCAAGAAGAACAUGAUUUAUUAUGGAAGACACAUGCUGGUCAGGUUGUUAAUACAUCAAGUGAAGAUGAUGAGGACGAUGAUACGAGUUCCUCGGACGAUGACGAUGAGGACUACGUCAAACUAACAGCUGAGAGAAAGGCCAAGGCGUUGCAGCGUCACAGGUCGAGCUCGCCGUUUAAGGAGCCUUCGCCUUCAAAGCCUGCUGCCCACGAUGUUGACUUCUCAUUUGAUUGGAACAACGGUAGUCAUAUGUUGAAAAUUGAGAACGCAGAAGAGGAGGAUGUUGGUGAAGAGCUUAGUGGGGUAGUCAUUCCAGAGACUAAUGAAAUGCCUAUAGCUGGUGAACCUUUGGGGCUGGUGGACAUUGAAGACUCCGAUUCUGAUGGUGAUAUCGAUAGGGAUGAGCUCCUUCGAACUCUGGAGCAAGAGAGCGAUGGUGUCGAUACAGGCUUCGAGACUGGCGAAGACGACUACAACCUCCUUCAGGAGGAAGCUCAGAAUAUAGCGCAAGAUUACAGCAAUGGUAACUUUGAUCUCAGUGGACAGACAACUCCUAGAAACUCUGUUGUCGAAGAUAUGAUCAAGAAGCACAAGCAGGAGGCCCUGGAUAACGCUGAAGCCAUUCAAUACGUCUCGGAUGAUGAUGACGAUGAUGAUGAUGGAUAUGGGGACUAUGACGAUGAUUACGAUGAAGAGGCAUUCACGAUACCGUAUUUUGACGACUCGGUCUUCAAGGAUAAAUUGCUAUAUACCUCUGAGGGUGCAAUGAAUGCCACUCAGAAGAAGCAGCACGACGUUGAUAGCGAGGACGACUCUUAUCUCUGGAACUAUUUUUUCAGUGGUGGAGAAGGCUCUGAUGACUCUCACGAUGAACCAAUGAGCGAUGAUGAAGCGACGGAUGAAGAUACAACGUUACCUCCACCAUCCUCAAGGAAAAAGGUUGGGUCAAAGGCUCAAGAAUUAUUAUCCUCCUCAUCGAUAAUUGCAAGGCCACCUGCUUUAGGAACAUGGUCUACAGACUCAAAGCCCUUUGGUAUCAUUGACGGUUUAUCGACUCGCUCUCUAAUCCCAGCCACUCCGAAGCCAGGAGCUGUACCACACACCACUGCUGGUACUGGCAUUACUGCUGCUGGCACAAACACUACACCACAGAGUAACAACGAGGAGUUCACACUUGAUGAGCUUUUAAACAUGAGUGAGAUGGAGGACGACGAGAAUGACGAUCACUUGGACCACCAACAAUGGCUGGAAGUGACAUCUUCAAAUCGCAAAGUUCCUCUAUCUGCAUUCAGAAAUAAGGGGAUUGUCAAUGACGAUAUACAUUUGAAUGCCACCAGAAGAUUCAGUCAUAGUGCAUCAGGGCCAAAGUUGAAGUCCAAGAGACUACGAAACGAGGUCAUCAUGACCCCUGUUCGUUCUAAGGUGAAAGCCCCUCCAUCAAUCCCGGAACAACAGAAGCAACAGCAAGAACAGCUCCAGAACCAGCAGCUACAACAACCACGACAACAGUCUCAAAAUCCGAUACGUAAAAGACGUGGUUCGAAGCUUCGUAGACGUCUUUCGAUGGCUGAAGCUGCAGGUGAGGGACUACGUCUAACGAGGAGUGGUCUCUUCAGUGAAGAUACUUUAGCAAACGUUGAAGAGUUUCUCAGUGGCAUGGGUAAUGAAGCUGAGCUCAGCUUGUUGUUUCGUGAGAUUGAAUAAUUUAUAUUGCAUUUAACGCUUCUUUUGACGAAAAGACUAUUUCAAAGGGAAAGAGGUAUACCUAAAUAACAAGACAAUAUCUUUCUACGCUACUUUAAACUAACAUCUAC